AUGGAUUCCGCGGCCGGAGGAGGAGUCAGCGACGUGGAGGCGCAGAAGGAGCACGAGAACGAGCAGGUUUGGGAGGAGAUCGGUAAGCUGCCGCCGGAGGAGCGAGUACACUACGCCGUCCUCAACCGAACUCCUGCCGAAUUGGCGAGCGUAGUCGGCGGCGAUAGCAGCAGCAAUAAUGAUAUUCAGUUGGCGGAGAAGAUCGACGUCAGGAAACUCGACCGCUCGUACAGACAGCUUGUUCUGAGGAAAGCUCUCGCCACGAGCUCUCAGGACAAUCACAAUCUCCUCGCCGGCGUUAAAGACCGUCUCGAGAGAGUCGGGAUUGAGGUGCCGAAGGUGGAAGUGAGAUUUGAGAAUUUGAAGGUGGAAGCCAAUGUACAAACUGGCUCUCGAGCUCUGCCUACAUUGCUCAAUUCCGUCCGCGACGCAGCUGAGUAUAUUUCAACCAAGCUGCGGAUAUGCCGGCCUGAGCGACAUCGUUUGACGAUCUUGAACGGCGUCAGCGGCGUUGUCAAGCCUGGCCGGAUGACCUUGCUCUUAGGCCCUCCGGGAGCCGGGAAAUCGACAUUGCUUUUAGCUCUUGCCGGCAAACUUGAUCACAACCUAGAGGUAACCGGAAAUGUUACAUACAAUGGGCAGAGCAUAGAUGAGUUUUAUGUUCAAAGGACAGCUGCUUACGUCAGCCAAACCGACCACCAUAUAGCCGAGCUGACCGUCAGAGAAACGUUCGACUACGCUGCUCGUUGGCAAGGCGCCACCAAUGCCUUUGGCGGAUGCAUGGAUGAUCUAGCCAGACUAGAAGAGGAGAACAACAUCCGUCCAAAUCCAGCUAUCGAUGCGUUUAUGAAGGCCUCAGUGGUUGGCAGCAAGCAACACAACAUCUCGACGGAUUACAUUUUACGUGUGCUUGGCCUUGAUAUAUGCGCUGAUACGAAAGUUGGGGAUAACAUGCUUAGGGGUGUCUCCGGUGGCCAGAGGAAAAGAGUUACAACUGGAGAAAUGAUUGUCGGGCCAAGGAAGACUCUAUUGAUGGACGAGAUAUCCACCGGGCUGGACAGCUCAACGACGUACCAGAUUGUGAAAUGCAUGGGCAAUUUCGUCCAUCUAAUGGAAGGAACCGUGCUGAUGGCUCUUCUUCAACCUCCCCCGGAGACGUUCAAUCUGUUUGACGACCUUAUCCUGUUAUCAGAAGGGCACUUAGUAUAUGCUGGACCGCGAGAGGAAGUUCUGGAAUUCUUCCAAUCCUUGGGUUUCCAGCUGCCCCCAAGAAAGGGCGUAGCAGACUUCCUUCAAGAGGUUACAUCGAGAAAGGACCAAGCACAGUAUUGGGCCGACCCUUCAAAACCAUACGAGUUCAUUUCAGUGCCAGAGAUCGCCAGAGCAUUCAAAAACUCCAGGUUCGGGGAAUCACUUGCCUCCGCGGUCUCCCUUCCUUACGACAAAACCAAAGACCAUCCUUCAGCGCUCUCGAACACCAAAUACGCCGCGUCGAGGUGGGAGCUUCUCAAGACGUGCUUCACUAGGGAGACGGUUCUAAUGAAGAGGCAGGGGUUUCUGUACAUCUUCAAGACGGUGCAAGUCACUUUAGUCGGCUUCGUCACCUGCACAAUGUUCACCAGGGCGAGGCUACAUCCAGUGGACGAGAUCAACGGGAACUUGUACAUCGCUUGCCUGUUCUUCGGCCUGGUUCAUUUGCAGUUCAAUGGGUUUGCAGAGCUGCCCCUGUUGAUAGGUCGCCUCCCUGUGUUUUAUAAGCAGAGGGAUAACCUCUUCCACCCUGCGUGGGCUUGGUCGCUAGCCAGUUUCGUGGUCCGUGUGCCUUACUCGAUUAUUGAAGCUGUGAUGUGGACCGUCGUUGUCUACUACUCUGUGGGGUUUGCCCCCAGUGUUGGAAGAUUCUUCCGGUUUAUGUUUCUCUUGUUUUGGAUGCAUCAAGCGGCAAUGUCUAUCUUCCGAACCAUGGCUGCAGUUGCGAGGGAUCCAGUGAUCGCCAAUACGUUUGCUUCAGCUGCAUUGUUGAUUGUGUUCUUAUCUGGUGGAUUCAUCAUUCCCAAAGCUGUAAUGAAGCCAUGGUGGGUUUGGGCAUCAUGGAUCUCACCACUAACCUACGGUCAGCGCGCAAUUUCUGUCAACGAAUUUGCCGCCGAGAGGUGGCAGAAGAUGUCUGCUGUCGGAAACAUUACGGUUGGAAACAACGUACUCCAUCAGCACAGUUUGCCCCCGGAGGAUUACUGGUAUUGGAUUGGACUGGGGGUUCUCGUGCUGUUUACAGUGUUCUUCAACCUCGUGGUGACCGCUGCCUUGGCCUACCUUCGUCCUCGUUCUUACACAACUACCUUGUUGGUCACAGCUCUUAAAAGGGCGCAAACCAUCAACCCAGUUGAUCCAUCCGAGGAGGGAAGUGAUAAUCAGUUGUCCAAAAAAACAAAAGCUGCUGAAGGUCAUGAUGAGCGCACUAAACAGACUGGAAUGAUUUUGCCGUUUCAGCCACUGACAAUGACCUUCAGUAAAGUCAACUACUUUGUUGAUAUGCCCAAGGAAAUGAGGAAACCAGGGUCAAUGGAGAAGAGGCUGCAGCUUCUAUCGAAUGUGAGUGGGGUGUUCACGCCUGGAGUUCUAACAGCUUUAGUUGGGGAAAGUGGAGCUGGGAAGACCACUCUGAUGGACGUCCUGGCAGGAAGGAAGACUGGUGGGCUGAUAGAAGGGGAAAUCAAGAUAUCUGGUCACCCAAAAGAGCAAAGAUCGUUUGCGAGAAUUUCAGGAUACGUUGAACAGAACGAUAUCCAUUCUCCUCAGGUUACUGUUGAGGAAUCCCUUUGGUUCUCUUCUAGCCUCCGCCUUCCCAAAGAAGUCAGCAAAGGACAAAGAAAAGAGUUUGUUGAAGAAGUGAUGAGACUAGUGGAGCUUGAUAGCUUGAGGCAAGCUUUGGUGGGUGUGCCUGGAAAUACAGGUUUAUCAACAGAGCAAAGGAAAAGACUGACGAUUGCUGUCGAGCUCGUUGCCAAUCCUUCAAUCAUCUUCAUGGACGAACCCACAUCAGGACUCGAUGCCAGAGCUGCAGCCAUUGUGAUGAGAACUGUUCGUAACACUGUCGAUACAGGGAGAACGGUGGUCUGCACUAUCCAUCAACCAAGCAUUGAUAUCUUUGAAGCCUUUGACGAUUUACUUCUGAUGAAACGUGGAGGCAAGGUGAUAUAUGGUGGGAAACUUGGCGUUCACUCCAAGCAUUUGGUAGACUACUUUCAAGGAAUAGAAGGAAUCCCUCCAAUUGUUGAUGGUCACAACCCGGCUACUUGGAUGCUCGAAGUCACAGCAGCUAGCGUUGAAGAGAGACUCGGUGUGGAUUUUGCUCAACUCUACGCCAAAUCAGAGCAGUACAGGGAAGUGGAGGAGUCGAUAGAGCAGCUAAGUAUCCCUCCAGAGGGCUCAAAACCAUUAACAUUCCCCACAACGUUCGCAAGAAAUUCCUGGUCUCAGUUCCUGAUUUGCCUGAAGAAACAGAACAUCGUCUACUGGAGAAGCCCACAAUACAAUGCUGUGAGGCUGAUGUUCACCGUUAUAGCCGCCCUGAUCUUGGGGUCUCAAUUUUGGGACAUUGGCUCCAAAAGGGACACAACUCAAGCUUUGUUCACUGUCAUGGGAGCACUCUACUCCGCGUGCAUAUUUCUCGGAGUGAGCAAUGCUUCAUCUGUACAGCCGAUAGUUUCGAUAGAGAGAACAGUGUUUUACAGGGAGAAAGCAGCUGGACUAUACUCUCCAUUAGCAUAUGCAGCUGCGCAGGGCAUUGUAGAGCUCCCAUACAUUUUUGCCCAAACAAUACUCUAUAGCUGCAUCACUUACUACAUGAUCAACUUUGAAAGAUCAGCUGGCAAGUUUUUCCUCUACGCUCUGUUCAUGUUCCUGACCUUCACCUACUUCACCUUCUACGGGAUGAUAACCGUGGGCCUCACGUCAGCUGAACACUUCGCAUCAAUAGUCUCCUCUGCAGCCUACUCCUUGUGGAAUCUGUUCUCCGGGUUUUUGAUCCCCAAGAACAGCAUUCCCAUAUGGUGGAGGUGGUUUUACUACCUCUGCCCAAUUUCAUGGACAUUGCAGGGCAUAAUCUCAUCCCAGCUCGGCAAUUUGGAGUCCAUGAUCACGGGACCAGGAUUCGAGCUCACCAUUAAAGAGUACCUGAAGAGUAACUUUGAUUACGGACCUGAGAAAGUUGGUAUCUCCGUUGCUGCACUGAUCGCAUUUUGUUUCGUCUUCUUCGCCACUUUCGCUGUCUCCCUCAAAGUUCUCAACUUCCAGAAACGAUGAUGACGACCACGAAGAACAUGACACCAGCCACUGCUCUGCUUCAUACUGCGGCUAUAUGGCAAAGGUACAAUGAAUGGUCAAUGGUGGUGGUCGUAGUUUUGCUUCCAAGAGAAAGAAGAGUAAACAAUCAUUUGUCUCGCAGAAGGAAGAGAAAAAGAGAGAGACCAAUAACAACAAGUGUACGUAGGAUUAUGCGGUCAUGCGUGUACUACUAAUAAUAAUUGUUUCGUUUCAUACGGACUGAUAUCUUCAGCUUUUGUAAAGCCAGAUAGUAUGUACAAUGC